AUGGUGUGUUGUUAUGCAGUAACAGGCAAAAGCUACUGGAAGACAACCUGUGAACGUCGAACUGCGACAAUUGAUUGCAACACACGGUACAUCUUCAUUGAUCAGGCGACCUACGGUAGAGAGAACCGUUGGACAUGCCCCAGUUCAAGAGUCCGCAAAACUGGUUGCCGAUCUCACAUCUCCCUACAAGAGGUCCGUGUAGCCUGCCAAGGUUAUCACCACUGCUCAAUAGCUGCAAGCAACUCUGUCUUUGGAGAUCCGUGUCAUGGAACAUCCAAGUACUUGAAAUUUAGAUACUAUUGUUACUCAUCACCUGUUAUGUACAUCACCCGGCGUGCAUGUGAAAGACAAACACUUAGGCAAGUGAUGUGUGUGUGUUUGUGUGUGUGUGCGUGCAAAAUAAUCAAUAGUUUUCAAUUAAUGACAGUAUUGUGUUUCAGCCUGUCUUGUCCGAUUGGCUACAAGAUCACAAUUUCUGAAGCUCUUUAUGGAAGAACAUCACAUCACCCUUGUGCACACAAAAAUCGCCGCAAUGUCAACUGCAGAGCAGUAGACUCCUAUAGUAUAGUUCAAUCGAUGUGUCAAGGCAGAAGAACCUGUAACGUUAGAGCAUCAAACAGUGUCUUUGGCGACCCUUGCAGGGGAACUCAUAAAUACCUUCAAGUGAAAUAUGUGUGUUUCAAGUAAAGCAGCUGAAAAAAACAGUGCAGAAUGGCUGGAAUGUCCAACAUGUACAAGUUGCUUAUUCUAGCUAGACAAUUGAUGUUAGAGUUGAUAACCAUUGGGCAAACAAACUGUUG